CCCAUAAUCAUGAAUUACAUCCUGAUAUGUCUUGUUUAAUGGUUGGCCAUAGAAGUUUAACUAUUAAUUUGAAAAGACAAUUAGAAGCAAAUGAUAUUGCUGGAGUUAGACCUAGUAAGAGUGUUAGAAUGCUUCAAGUUCAAGCCGGUGGACCGAAUAACAUAGGGUGUUUACCUAAGGAUUGCAGAAAUUUCAUUGAGAGCAGAAGAAGACUGAGACUGGGAGAAGGGGACGCUGAAGCAAUUCGAAAGUUAUUCAUGACAAUGCAACAACAUGACCGUAAUUUUUUUCAUCUAAUGGAUGUCAAUGAUGAAGGAAGAUUGGUUAAUGUUUUGUGGAUUCAUCCUCGUGGGAGAGCUGCUUAUGAAGAAUUUCAUGAUGUGGUGAGUUUCGAUACAACUUAUCUUGUGAACAAGUAUAACAUGCCCUUUGCUACUUUUAUUGGUGUUAAUCAAUUUUGUCAAUCAAUUUUAUUGGGUUGUGCUUUACUUACACAUGAAAAUAUAAGCUCAUUCAAGUGGCUUUUUAUGAAUUGGUUAGAAGCAAUGGGUAAUGUGCAUCCUUUUGGUAUUUUAACUGAUCAAUGUGAAAGUAUCAAGGCAGCUGUGAGGGAAGUUAUGCCAAAUACAAUUCAUCGAUAUUGUAUUUGGCAUAUUUUACACAAGCUACCACAAAAGUUCAAAAAUCUAGCCAAUUUUCAUAAUGCAAUCACUGAGUUUAAAGAUAUAAUUUAUCAUAGCUUGACUAUUGAUUUGUUCAAGAUGAAUUGGAAUAAUUUUGUAGCAAAACAUCAACUAGAAAAUCAUGAAUGGAUGCUUGAUUUGUAUAGCCAGAGAGAAAGUUGGGUACCUGUCUAUUUGAAUCAUCAUUUUUGGGCUGGUAUGGCUUCUACUCAAAGAAGUGAGGGGAUGCAUGCAUUUUUUGAUGGUUAUAUUCAUUCGACGAGUACCCUAAAACAAUUUGUUGAGCAGUAUGAAAUUGCGAUUAGUGAUAAGAUUCAGAAAGAGUUCACUUCUGAUUUUGAUUCAAAAAAUAGAACUUUAAGUUGCAUAUCAGAUUUUGAAUGGGAGAAACAAUUUCAGUUAGUUUAUACAAAUGAGAUGUUCACAGAAGUUCAGGCUGAAAUUAAGCGCUCUUGGUAUUGUCAUGUGAUUCCACCGGAUGAUGAUCAAGCAGGGGCUGAUGAGGAUGAGGUUGGUAUUGAGAAACUCAACAUUUUAGAGCGACCCAUAGCUAACAAUCGGUAUCAUAAAGAAUUUAUGUAUACCGUUGAAUUCAGAGAAAAUGGAGAGUACCUGAAUUGCAAUUGUAAAAAAUUUGAGUUUAGGGGAAUACCUUGUUGUCAUAUUUUUAAAGUUAUGGCUACGAAAGACAUAAGCUUAAUAAAUGAUAGAUACAUUCUGAGGAGGUGGAGAAAGGAUGUUUACAGACCGCAUUCUAAAAUUGUUUCAGCCAGUGGUUAUCCACAUAUGACUGAUGAAUAUAAAAAGUAUCAAGAAGCGGAGCGUCUGUUUCAAGAUUGUACUGACUUGGCAUUGAAUGAAAGUUUUAAAAUGGAAUUCAUAAAAGGCCGUUUGGAAAUUUUGAAGAAUGAUUUAUUGAAAAUGAAUGAUGGAAUAUCAUGUCAUGGAGUUGAUAUUAAUGGAGUUAGUACAGGAACUAGAGUUGAGAACGACGAAUUUGAUAGACCUCCUGUUUUAGAUCCUAAUGUAGUUCGGAGUCGUGGAAGACCAAAAAGUAACCGAUUAAGAUCACGGCAUGAACAAAAUACUUCUAGUCGGAACAAUAGGCGUGCAACAAAUGGUUCUCAGCGAGGUAGACGUCGCAAAAAUAAUGCUAGAACGGAGAAUACUACUGAGCUUAAUGAAAGGGAGGAACAAUCAGUGGAUUUGAACCAACCAGUUAUUGAUACUCAAGGCAGUCAAGUUAUUUAGAAGAAUCGAUAAUAUUAUCUGCUGCGUAAUGCAAAUCUCAACUGGACUUAGAUAGUAGUUUUUUGUCUUACAAGAUGUCAUCAGGAACUCUUGCCAAAAAAAUUCAAAUUUGUGGUUGUUCUAUUGGAACUUUAAUAAUAGAGAAGUUUAAGUAUUGUAGUUUUGUUAGAUUAACCCAUCUGUCUCUUCAUUUGUGGGUAGUCUACCAUUUGAUUCCUCUGUUUUGUAUCUGUGCACAGAGGGUUUUUUGCUGGCUAUUCACAUGCUUUUGCAAUCAAUUAUUCAUAAAGUUUUUUGUUGCUUUUUUAAA